AUGGCGGAAGGUGGCGACGCCGAGCCCGGCGAGCGCGAGCGAGCCUCUGGGCCGCGGCCCCCGAGCGCGCGGGACCUGCAGUUGGCCUUGGCAGAAUUAUACGAAGAUGAAGUGAAAUGCAAAUCUUCCAAAUCUGAUAGACCUAAAGCUUCAAUCUUUAAAAGUCCACGAACACCACCUCAAAGGUUCUGUUCAAGGGAACAUGAAUACAGUGGAUUGCAUAUAGUUCGACCUUCAACUGGGAAAAUUGUGAAUGAACUUUUCAAAGAGGCAAAGGAACAUGGGGCUGUCCCUCUGCAUGAAGCCACAAGAGCUUCAGGUGAUGACAAGUCUAAGUCAUUUACAGGUGGAGGAUACAGAUUGGGUAAUUCCUUUUGCAAGCGGUCUGAAUACAUCUAUGGAGAAAAUCAGCUACAAGAUGUUCAGAUUUUGCUUAAAUUGUGGAGCAAUGGUUUCAGUUUAGAUGAUGGAGAAUUGAGACCUUACGAUGACCCAACAAAUGCUCAAUUUCUGGAGUCUGUUAAAAGAGGAGAAAUUCCCCUGGAGCUCCAGCGACUGGUUCAUGGUGGCCAAGUGAACUUGGAUAUGGAGGAUCGUCAGGAUCAAGAAUACAUUAAACCCAGACUGAGGUUCAAGGCUUUUAGUGGAGAAGGACAAAAACUUGGAAGCCUUACACCUGAAAUUGUCAGUACACCUUCCUCCCCAGAAGAGGAGGAUAAGUCAAUACUUAAUGCAGAUGUUCUUAUUGAUGAUUCAGUGCCAACAACAAAAAUUCAAAUCAGACUGGCAGAUGGAAGUCGUUUGAUACAAAGAUUCAAUAGUACACACAGCAUCCUGGAUAUUCGAGACUUCAUUGUACAGUCCCGCCCUGAAUUUGCAACUAUUGACUUUAUUCUUGUGACUUCAUUUCCAAACAAAGCGCUGACAGAUGAAAGCCUGACACUACAAGAAGCAGGUAUUCUUAACACUGUGCUUCUCCAGCAACUGAAAUAGUGCUGCUCCUGUUCAUGCAGUCGCGUGUAGGAGAGAAAACGUGCCAUAUCAACAAGGAAAACGUGCUUCUAAAAAUACCAAAUUGUUUUUAUUAUUUAUAUGGGGACAUUUUAGUUUUAUUCUUAUUCUGUCCUCCAGCCUGUGUAGAUGGAUUUGGACUAGGAGUAGAUCUUGAGAUAAAUAUGUUUGAGUUUUUACUUGUAGGGCUAUCUUAUAUUGAUAGCUUUUAAAUAUCCAGACAAAUCAAUGUGCUACAUGGUCAGACUUAAUGCAACAACAUUUGUUGGCAGAGAAAAUGAAUAAAACCCCAUUUUGAUAAAUUUGGUAAAAUUUGCAGUAAAGUUUCUUGAUGCUGCAUUGAUCGAGAGCCAUUAAGGAAUCUUUUGAUC